CUCUCGCCGAAUUUACGUUUGAUCGGCCAACUUGGGUGAAUGAUCGUGAAUAACGAGGAAGCCGAAGUGCCUCAGUACCAUGAGAACCUUUCACUUUGUUCGACAUUGUCUGCGUGGAAGAUUCAAGAACUACAACAUUCCUUGUGAAACGCUCAUGGGAUCGCCGUCCGCCAGACAUCGUUGGCCCGAGGGUCAUCCCAGGCGACUUCGCUUUCCAUCCGGAUACGGGAAACCAUGUCGGAAAUACCGUCCAGACAUUCUUCAUCGCGUGGAAAAUCAAGCUCUCCCUCCAGCUCUCGGAUCGCGCACUUCCGGGCAUUUCGAUGAGGUCAUAUUGGAGUUUUGGGCUUACGCCACUUGGGCUUUACGUCAUGUUCCAAUCAUGUCCGUCGUGACGGAGACGUCCGGCGAUCGAUCCGAUCGUUUCUCGCCCUCGUGACGCAUCGCGCAUCAACGCUCGGUAUCGUUUUGAACAAGAGGCGGAGUGACGUUACCUCGCGCACGAUCAACUGCGCCCGGCCGUAUGUCACUUGACGUGCAACAGCCGUGCGACCUCCGACUAAAUUCGUCCCCGCGACUUAUGCGCUUCAAAAGUGAAAUUAAUCUCGAAAGUGCUCGGCGAGCCAAAGUUUCCGCGAGCUUCUUCCAAGAGAAUGAGCUCCCGUAGCUGCGCCUGUGCACUUUUCCGACACGGACAUAUUAAGUAGCAGUUCGAGGGCCAUCGCUAACCGCCCAGCACACAAGACUGCAGGACCACCAUCGAUCGAUACAAUUCGCGCGCCCAGCGGGCGUGCGAGCGAGCGACGCACUACGAGACUUGGGCUUAGAGGAGGGCACGAGGAUAAUGAUACUGCAACGAAGGCGUGCAAGGAAAUCCAGAGAGUUAAUUAGGAAGUACCACCGUAUCAGUCGGCGCGGUCGACCCGCUCCUUCAGAGGUGGAG